AUGGCCGAAUCUGUCUACCCUCCCACGCUCAACGGCGUCUUCGAUGCCCCCCUCAACGCCCGAUAUGACCCCGUUCGCCUGACCUCCGAACACAUCGUCCCCAUUUUCAAGCUACCCCUCGCACGAAAGGUUCUCGGCCACGAUGCCUCUGACAGCGAAGCAGUUGCAAAGAUUGUCAAUUCAGAGUCUUCCUAUACCACAUUCGUUGCCGAUCAGGCCCGCGCUGUCCUCCAAACCGCUCGCGACGGCUUGACAUUGGAGCAAAUACAAUCGCAGCUCGUGCACAUUGGUCUUGCGGCGCUGUUCAGUUUCCUCCAGUCGAACGUUACCGGUCCUCCCCUGGACUUCAACUCGGCAGAAGUAGUCCUCCCUUCUUCCCUGCGAAGCAAUACUGCUACGCUGCGAGCCGUGCGGGCUAAGAUCAUUCGUGAUCUCUCUGUUGAUGGAGAAGCGGCUUACAAGCUCACGCCCAACUCUGAACUCUUCUCUGUCGCCAAGGCUCUGCUCGUGGAUGCGAGUAAUGAUGCCUCGGUUCCGGCAAAGACUGCGCGCGUGCGCGUCAAUUUCCUCCACCAGAAGAUGCUCUCGGAAGUUACGAGUACCUUGCAGGAUGAAAUCUAUAAGGAUCUGGAGGGUCUGGCUAAGGCCGAGCUUGACGUUGAAGAGAGGGGUCGGUUCUUGCUAGAGCGCGCUAUUAUCAACACACACCAUGGAUUUGAUGGGAAAGCCCGGGCAGACCUUGAUCAGGCUUCUCAGGUUCGGAACUUUGAGUUCGCCUUGACUGGAAAGCUGGGAAAGCGGACCAAGUUCCAGGAUCGCGAUAUCAGUCAGCUUGUCGUCGUGGCUAAGAGUGCUGAUGAAACACCCAAGUCGACGGAGCUGUCGGGUCCUAAGAACUUGGAUCUGAAUGAUGACACACUCCUCGAGGCCAUUUCCUUUGCCGACAAGAAGUCAUCGACUGUAUCGGAUGAGCUCUCUGCAGGCUUGCAGUCUGUCGAUCCCAAUGAUCAGCCAAUCCUUAACCCCGUGGACUCAGCCAUCUUGCUGGCUAUGGCGUCCGCUAUCACCAAUACUGCCCCCGAGAACGGCCUGACCCGCGAGGAAACGCAACCUUAUGCUACCCGUGUCUUGGAGGGCGGUAGCUCGAACUGGCAGAUUUACACAGAGGCACUGCUGGUUCGCAGUCGCGUGGAGGGCUUCCGCUCGCGUACCGUAGAGAGAUCUGUUCUGCAGUUGCAGGCACUUGUUGAUCAGGUCAUCGCGGAUACUGCCACUGAUGACUCCGCUGCUCAGCAACCCUCUUCCGAUCCUACCACAUUCCUUCCACGACCUGAGAAGUCCGAGUCGGCUCCUGCUUCUGAUCGAUUGGAAUAUAUUUGGUUGAUGAAUUUCUCCACGCGGUGGAAUCUGGAGGCCGAGUUGGCCAAGCGCUGGGUCGAGCUUGGUGGUCUCCGUACUGCCCUUGAAAUCUACGAGCGGUUGCAGAUGUGGGCUGAAGCGGCGCUUUGCUACGCCGCUACUGAGCGCGAAGCUAAGGCCCGAACUAUGGUGCGCCGCCAGCUCUACGAGGCCAAGGGCCCUAGCGAAGAUGAUGAGAAUGAGCAGUUUGAAGGUCCGGAGCGAUCUACACUGCCCGCAGAUGCUCCCCGACUCUUCUGUAUUCUCGGAGAUAUUGAGAAGGACGAGAAGUUGUAUGAGCGUGCUUGGGAUAUCUCUGGACAGCGAUACUCCCGGGCUCAGCGCUCUCUUGCUCGUCACUACCUGGGCCUCACGCCACCUGAGCUGGAAAAGGCCGAGGCUGCUUACCGCAAGGGUCUGCACGUCAACCGUCUGAACCAGAGUUCCUGGUUUGCUCUGGGCUGCGUGCAACUUGAACUCCAGCGGUUUGAGGAUGCUGUCGAGUCUUUCACCCGCACCGUGCAACUAGACGAUACCGAUGCCGAGGGAUGGAGUAACUUGGCCGUCGCCACGCUCCGCUCAACAGCCCCCGAGCCCACCCCAGAGGUCGAAAUCGACGAAAGCACGGGCGAGGAAGUAGUCAAGGAGACUGACCCACACAAGCGCAAGCGAGAUGCCCUGGCUGCGCUCUUGCGCGCCGCCCAACUCAAACACAGCGAAGCCCGUAUUUGGGACAACGUGCUCACAGUAGCAGCCUCAAUCCCACCACCAGCGACUCCAUUCCGCGACGUGAUCACUGCCCAGAAGCGUAUCAUCGAGCUCCUCGGCGAAAAGAAGGGUGAAAAGUGCAUCGACCUUCCCAUCCUGAGCAUGCUCGUCGACUUCCUCGUCACGGCAUUCGACUACGAUUCCCUCCUCAUCCAAUCCGGCGAUGGCCUCGUCGUUCGCACAGGUACCAUCCCGGGCCAAAUCAUCUCCCUCGUGGACAACAACAUCGUCCCCCUCAUCACCCACUCAGCAGCCCUGUGGCUCCUCGUCUCCCGCGUGGAAAUGUUCCGCAACCGGCCCAGCCGUGCGCUAGAUGCCCACGAAAAGGCCUGGCGGGCUACCGUUGCUGCCUCUGCGCAGGGUGCGUUCCAGAUGGGCGAUGAAAAGCCUUGGAUGGCCGUCGUCCGCGCUACCGAGAAGUUGGUUCGUGAUGGGUAUGCGCGGUACGGACCCAUGGAUCAUGAAGAGCAGAAGGCUGAGGGCGGCGCUGAGGCGGAGAUGGUCAUGCGUGACUGGCGGUUCAAGGCCCGGAGUGCUGUUCGUGGAAUCAUGGGUAAGGGUAAGGAGUUCUGGGAGGACUCUGAGGGCUGGGAGAAGCUUAAGGAGUUGCAGAGUGAGGUUACUGGCAACUAG